GGGACUACUUAAUUCUGUUGGCCGGUUUUUAUAUUAUCUUUAAAACAUUGCAAUCCGGGACCAUCGGGAGUCGGGAGUCGGCAGUACUAGAUUUACCACCCACCCAUUUUGGCGGUUUUUAUACACGAUAACCCGGCCCGAGGACUUGUGUAGUGUCGCUGUGAAGAAUGUCUGGAAAUCGUAUGAUAUACUUUGCUGGAAGCAUUAGGGGAGGUCGACAAGAUGCUGAUUUGUACUUGCGUAUUGUGGCCCAGUUGAAAUCCUAUGGCACUGUGCUCACUGAACAUGUUGCAAGCCCAUCUGUGGAGACUGAUGAGGAUGUUGCUGGUCUGACAGAUGUACAGAUUCAUGACCGAGAUAUGGACUGGUUGAAACAGUGUGAUGUUCUUGUUGCGGAGGUGACCCAGCCAUCAUUGGGAGUUGGAUAUGAGAUUGGGAGAGCCGUGUCCUUAAACAAACUCAUUAUUUGUCUCUUCCGUCCUGAUUCAGGAAAAAAAAUAUCUGCCAUGAUAUCUGGAGCAGUUGGGGAUAAUUUUCAUGUUUACAACUACACGGAAGAUCAAGUGCCCGACAUUCUUGCAAAACACCUCAAGUGAAUUUAGAAAGCCAUAAAGUGUAAAAUUGCAAACAUUGACAAUUUAACCAGUAAACAAACACAAAAUUAACAGUGUGCACACAACAUAAUGUACAUGUAUUUUGAUACUUAACUUCUUAGUGAUUUAUUGUGAUGUUUGAAAUUGUAUUUUUUUUUAAAUGAAGAUUUGUUAUAUGUCUGUUGACAUAAUGAAGUUAAUGAUUUUAAAGUAAAAUCUUGGGUCUUUUGAAA